CCUCUCUCCGACCCCUCUUUGGCCUUCAACGGACUCAAUUCCCGGGCGGACCUGAGGUUGUGAGCUGUGCUCUACGGGCUCUCUGGCUUUUUCUAUCGUUGACCGAUUUUCAACCACGGCCGCCUCGAUAGUCGUUGAACAUCCUGACCCAUAGACCCAUUAACUCAGUUCAACAUCAAGCAGCCGUGUAUCCCAUCAGGCCGGACGGAAGUGACAGCCGUACUCGUCACGAUCUUCAAAUUCCCAAGAAACCGAAAGAGCCACAGCCAGGUGGAUCCAGCGGCGAGAUCAAACAGGAGUAAACGAACCUAGCCAUUCUUAACGAAACCCCAACGAGAGCCCAGAUACAAGAAAAGUCGAAGGGAAAAGAUGGCCACGCCGGCCCACUGCUACUAUUGCUUCGAGAGCCUCGCAGCCUCCUAUCAACGCAAGGAACCCAUCGACCUGGCCUCCGUCGAGGAACUCUGGGCCCGCCAUGAACAGUUCAAGAAACUCUCCGCGCUGCAGGCCACCGAAGAGGAGACGGACUAUCCGCUCAGCGUAGAUGACGACGACGACGACGAACCCGCAGGUGGUGGGCGUGGUGGUGGCGGUCACCGGAAGAUCAAGCUGCCCAGCGUGCACCGGUUGCAGUCCAGCUCCAGCACCACGACGACUCGGCCCUCAUCGCUCAACUCCUCGCACUCCACGCUGACCACGUCGACCACGCUGACCACCCCGGGGUCCUCCACUCUCUCCGACACCGCCAGCGGACGCUCCCGUCGCGAGGAGCCGCCCGAGCCCCAAGAGUACCCGCUCUUCGUAACCUGGAACACCCUCUCGCGCCACGGCCACAAGUCUCUCCGCGGGUGUAUCGGAACCUUCGAGGCCCAGGAGCUGUCCGAGGGCCUGAGAGACUACGCUCUUACCUCUGCAUUCGAAGACACCCGCUUCGCCCCCAUCCCUUCCACCCUCCUCCCCUCCCUCUCCUGCUCCCUAACCCUCCUAGGCACCUUCGAACCCUGCACCAACGCCCUCGACUGGAUCCUCGGCCUCCACGGCCUCCGCAUCUCCUUCAUCCACCGCGGCCGUCGCUACGGCGCCACCUACCUCCCCGACGUCGCCGUCGAACAAGGCUGGACCAAGGAGGAGACCGUCAAGAGCCUGAUGCAGAAAGCCGGGUGGGACGACAGCAACAGCAGCAGCAGCAACAAUAGCAGUGCCGCGAGGCGGUUUCUUCGGGCUGGCUCGAGUAAUCAUCAUAGUAGUAACACCAGUAGUGGCGGGACGUCUUCGGUCAAGCCGCCAUGGGAUCAGGUCUCGGAUUUCCGGGCGGUCAAGUAUCAGGGGCUGAAGGCGAGUUGUACAUAUGCCGAGUGGCAGGAGUGGCGGCGGUGGGUUCUGGGGUUGGGGGAUGGGAGUGAGAAGUUGUUGGUUGGGUGAUUUUGAUCCACCCCGGGGCCCCUUCAUGAAUAGACUUCCUUUUGUCUGGGAUAUUUGGGGUUGAAUCUCUAAUGAUGAUGAUAAUGAUGAUCUAAUGAUGUGGUUUCAUUGUGAGUGAAGGGGAUGGUGCGUUUCAUUUUUGGGUAAGGCGGGGGGCGUGUUCAUGUUUCGUCUUUUUUUUUGUGGAUAGGAUUAAGACAUAAACUUCAUUUUUUUUU